AUGCAAAUUGAUGCUAGACCCUGGAACGAAGAAUUACUGCUAGUAGAAUUACAAUCUUUACAACAGCAAAUAGAAGAAUUUCAAAUAACUUAUCAAUUAGAUGUUGAAAUAAUAUCUUUUAAUAAUCAAGUUGAACAAGAUUUUUACAAUCAAGAAGAAUUUAAUAAACUAGAUAUUUCAAAUAGUUCUAUUUUAGAUGAAUCUAUUUUGAAAGAAUAA